CGCUGGGCUUCUAGAGCUUUCUUCACGUGGGUCGCGCGCCGUGGUGUCUUCUCAUUGCUCUUUCAUACAGUAGGACCCAGAGCUGCUAAAGACUAACUGCAGAUAUGGCUAAGGCUUUCCGGAAAUUUUUGCCCAUGUUUGACCGAGUGUUGGUGGAGCGGUUAGCAGCAGAGACUGUGACGAAAGGAGGCAUCAUGAUUCCAGAAAAGUCCCAAGGCAAAGUGCUGCAGGCCACAGUGGUGGCUGUGGGACCUGGAACCGCCACCAAGGACUUCUACAGUUGGCCUGAUGAAUCUUUUGAGGAGAUGGACAGCACGCUGGCAGUGCAACAGUAUAUCCAGCAAAACAUUCGCUCGGACUGCUCCAACAUCGAGAAGAUCUUGGAGCCUCCUGAAGGACAGGAUGAGGGAGUGUGGAAGUACGAACAUCUCAGGCAAUUUUGUUUGGAACUCAAUGGCUUGGCUGUUAAACUCCAGAGCGAGUGCCACCCAGACACGUGUACACAGAUGACUGCCACCGAGCAGUGGAUCUUUCUUUGUGCUGCCCACAAGACUCCAAAAGAAUGUCCUGCCAUUGACUACACCAGGCACACUCUGGAUGGUGCAGCAUGCCUUCUCAACAGCAAUAAAUAUUUCCCUAGUCGCGUCAGUAUUAAGGAGUCGUCAGUGGCGAAGCUAGGCUCAGUCUGCCGUCGCAUCUACAGGAUUUUCUCCCAUGCUUACUUUCACCAUCGCCAAAUAUUCGACACGUACGAGAACGAGACGUUUUUGUGUCACCGCUUUACCCGCUUUGUGAUGAAGUACAGUUUGAUGUCUAAGGACAAUCUGAUUGUGCCCAUCAUGGAGGAGGAGAACCAGAGCAGCUCUGCAGGAGAGAGUGAAGCCUGACGACCACAGAGCAUCCUGAACAACUGAAAUUCAGACACACACAAUUAAGGCCCGUUUCUCCCCAAAUUCUUCAUACGUCUAUCCCAAAAAAAAAAAAAAAACCCACACCACCCAGAGACACUCCCUUGUACAUAUGUCUUACUCUUGCAUUCCAGCAUAAGAAUCUGGCAAUCUGUAAGAGUCUUUCCUUUGCUUCUUCUCAUCCUAUAUAAACAAGUAUGGUGAUAUUCACCCUUUCUUUAGUUGUUAAGUUAUUGUGUGGGUAGAGGUGUUUUUAUCCAAUUUUUUUUUUUUAAUGAAUUAAAUUUAGAUAUUUUCUUUAUUGACAGUAAUAACACACCUCAUACCCAGAGCUGGCUCUGAGCUGUACUGUUCAGUGUACUAGCAAAUAGAUUCAGUAGCUUUGUUAGACAUGCAAAACAAACGUGCAAAAACAAGUGAAAUGAGGGAAUCUGUUUUAAUAAAAUAUUAACCAACAA